AAUAACCCAAAAAAAAAAAGUCUUUAGAAUAUACCUUUCCUUCUUCGGGACAUUCCUCAAAUUGCACUCUCAUUGCUCCUAUGGAAAAUCAGAUUCGUAACUCCUAAGCAUGGCGUUUGGCUGGCGGUGCUCUGCUCUCGCUGUGCUUGCAUGCUUGGCUCUGUUCGGCCAUUUCGGGCCCGUCCGGGCUCGAAUUCCCACCACCUUGGACGGCCCGUUCGAGCCCGUCACCGCCCCUUGCGACCCCAGUUUGCGCGGCAACGCCGUCGAUUUGCCCGACUCCGACCCUAGGGUUCGUCGCCGCGUCAAUGGUUUCGAGCCUGAGCAGAUUUCCGUCUCUCUCUCCGCCAAUUACGAUUCCGUUUGGAUUUCCUGGAUUACAGGAGAAUCCCAAAUUGGUUGCAACAUAAAGCCGUUAGAGCCUAGAAGUGUCUCUAGUAUUGUUCGCUAUGGGAUGCUUAAACAUCCAUUAAUGCAUGAAGCACAAGGCUAUUCUCUUGUCUACAAUCAGCUUUAUCCUUUUGAAGGCUUGCAAAAUUACACUUCUGGGAUCAUCCAUCAUGUUCGCCUAACAGGGUUGAAACCAAGUACACGGUACUAUUAUCGAUGUGGAGAUCCCUCUAUACAUGCCAUGAGUGAUGUAUAUUAUUUGGAGACAAUGCCGGUUUCGGGUCCUCGGAGUUACCCUAACAGGAUAGCAGUCGUGGGAGAUCUUGGUCUUACUUACAAUACGACUACUACCAUUGAUCACUUGAUUACGAAUAAACCCAAUCUUGUUCUUUUGGUUGGUGAUGUAACUUAUGCAAAUCUGUAUCUUACAAACGGAACGGGCUCUGACUGUUAUUCUUGCUCGUUCUCUCAAACUCCGAUACAUGAGACGUAUCAACCUCGUUGGGAUUACUGGGGAAGGUUUAUGCAGAAUUUAGUUUCUAAAGUUCCUAUAAUGGUGAUAGAAGGUAACCACGAAAUAGAAGAACAGGCUCAGAACCAAACUUUUGUGGCUUACAGUUCUCGGUUCGCAUUCCCAUCUGAAGAAAGUGGAUCUUCCUCCACGUUCUACUACUCCUUUAAUGCAGGUGGGAUUCAUUUUGUUAUGCUUGGGGCUUACAUCGCCUAUGACAAAUCAGCGGACCAGUACAAGUGGCUGGAGCAAGAUUUGGCUAAUAUGGACCGAUCCACAACUCCAUGGCUGGUAGCUGUUUGGCACCCACCCUGGUACUCUACCUACAAAGCCCAUUAUAGAGAGGCCGAGUGCAUGAGAGUGGAAAUGGAAGAACUACUUUAUUCCUAUGGCGUUGACAUAGUAUUCAAUGGACAUGUCCAUGCUUAUGAGCGGUCAAAUCGUGUCUAUAACUAUACAUUAGAUCCAUGUGGUCCUAUAUAUAUCACAGUCGGGGAUGGGGGUAACCGAGAGAAGAUGGCAACGGAAUAUGCUGAUGAACUCGGUAAUUGCCCAGAGCCAUUGACAACACCUGAUUUAUACAUGGGUGGCUUUUGUGCAACAAACUUUACAUCUGGACCAGCAGCAGGAAAGUUCUGUUGGGACCGGCAACCUGAUUACAGUGCAUUCAGAGAAAGCAGCUUUGGCCACGGCAUCCUUGAGGUGAAGAAUGAGACGUAUGCUCUGUGGACGUGGUACCGCAAUCAGGACAGUCAAAAAAAAGAGGGAGAUGAAAUUUACAUUGUGAGGCAACCUCAUGUUUGCCCUGGCCACCAGAAGAAGGCAACUAACCAUUUGUUUGCAGACAUUUAAUCUGAAGACCGAAACCAGUGCAAUUCACUUCGUCAUUUUAUCAAUUAAAAGAUUACGACCGAUUUCUGACAAAUUUGCUUAACCCAUGUGGAAAUGAUGAUAGAUACAAGGAUAUUCUGAUGGUUGGUUAAAGAUGGAUAAAGAAGUAUACGGAACACACCAAAUUCUACUUGAAGAGAGUUGUUCACGAUCACUUGUUUAUAUUUGUAACCGUGAUAAAAGUACAUUUUAGCUGUUUUCAGCUGUGAAAUACUACCGUUUGUAGGAGCAGGGUAUUGUUCAAACUCAGGUGUUUAUAAUGUUGAGUCAGUUCUAUUUAGCUCUCUCUAUUUGUAUCAAUAUAUGCAUUCAUUUAACUA